AUGAAAGAUAGAUUCUAUUUGGUACAAUCAACAACCAAAUUUACAGAUGAUCAAAUUAAAAGAAUUGCAGGUGAAAGGAGUGAUAUUAAUUUAAGAUGCAGACUCAAAGAGAAAUAUAUUCAUAAUAAUAAUAAAUCUCCAGUUAUGUAUUUAACUCGUAAACCUCAUACAAAUGGUCUUUUAAACUAUAUGGUUGGAACCUUUUUAGAAUGUAUUCAUCAUUUGUCAUCCCCUAAAAAAAGCACCGUAUCACAAUCUAAAAGAGGGUCUGUUAAAGAAUUUAAAUAUCCAUAUAUUAUAGAGUUUUUAAACAAGUUAGAUAAUGAAAUUCAUCCCUCAAUUGGUGAUAGUGCAUUUUUUUCCAAAGAUAAUUUAAAUCAUAUUGUAAAUAAAGCUUGGUUGGCAACAAUUUCAGAUUUCUCAAGUAGCAAACUUAAAACAUUGCUCAAAGAUACAUUAAAAUAUGAUAAGAGUUGGAUUGAAAUUGAACUUGAUGGUUAUUAUAAAGUCUGUAAAAUUGAUAAAAGAGAAAGUUCCUACAUUUAA